GCCAAUAUGCCAUCAAACAUGGUCAACUAGUAGAAUUUUCUGAACAACAAACAUUAGAUUGUGACAAAGUAUCCCAUGGCUGUGGGGGUGGUCUAAUGACGGAUGUGUUCAGCGCCAUGAUUGACUUAGGUGGCCUGGAGUCAGAAGCUGACUAUCCUUAUGUGGCUCAGGUUCAGUCUUGCCAAUUCCAAGCUAGUAAGGCAGCUGUCAGACUGACUGGCUGCAACAAAUACUAUGUCGACUCCCAGGAAAGGCUUAAGGAAAUAGUUGCCACCGUUGGACCAAUAUCUAUUGCCGUGGAAGCGUCAGGUUUCCAUACAUAUCAUGGUGGUGUGAUAGAAGAUCACUUAUGCAAAGGUGGUAGAAUUAACCAUGCUAUUCUUCUGGUGGGAUAUGGAACAGAAAAUGGAAAACCAUACUGGUUGGCCAAGAAUUCGUGGAGUACAACUUUUGGUGAAGAUGGCUACAUCAAGUUUCCACGUGGAGAUAAUUAUCACUCUUGUGGAGUGAUGAAUACAUUAAUGUCUUCUCCCAUAGUCGCAUAA